AUGACUAUUUCACAGGGAACAAAAGCUACAGAAAGUAAACGCGAGGCCAAACUACGAAAACUUCGCAAAAUACAAGAGAAUCCACGAUCUAGCCAAGUAUGCUCUACUCUUCGCAGUCUACCACCAGCUAUGGGAGUGCCUGCUGCUAUGAUCAAGUCUUCUGCGAAUGACAUCUCAGCGUCUUUACCUGCUGCUCACGUUAGUAGCACCAUAAAAGAGAUGGUGUUAACCACUGAUGAGGAUUAUCUUAUGACAAAAGAUGAGCGUACACAACAUCAAAUGGAAGCAAUGGUAGUAUGGUGUGCAAUGAUGCUUCGCUCACAAUCUGAAGAUGAUGAGCUUGACAUUGGAAGUACAAAACAAGGUAUUGAUGCUGGAUAUUAUGGUGUGUAUUAGCA